AUGGCCGAUGAGCUAGCGUCGAAAUGGAACUCUUUGAAACUAACAGAAGAGGAGCAACAAGAACUGGUCCUGCUAGAGGAGGCUAUCCAGUCCACAAAACUGAGAGGAAGUCACUACAUCUUUGCCCUCAACCUGAAUGAUAGAAGUGUUAACCAAGAGGCGUUCAAGUCCACAAUGGCAAAGGUGUGGAACUUGGAAGGUUGGAUCACUUUCAAGGAAAUAGGCUUCAACAAAUAUCUCAUAGAAUACCAACUGCUUACAGAUAAGAGGAAGGUGUUACAAGGUAGACCAUGGUCCUUUGACCGGCACCUUAUAUGCAUGAAGGACUUUGAAGGAGACCUGUCCCCAAACGAGAUAAUCUUCAAGACAGAACCAUUCUGGGUGCAAUUACACAAUGUACCAUUCGCAGUUAUGAAUGCAGAACAAGGAGAAAAACUUGGCUCAGUGAUUGGAAAGGUUCACAAAGUGGAAACAGGGCUGUGGGUGGGGAAGGCACCUCAGAAUAAGGGUGGAUAUCGCCAUAAACAAACCUCUCCCUAG